AGGAAGGAAAGAAGAAGAAGAAGAAGGAAGAUAAAGAAGAACAAGAUAAAAAAAAAACAAGAGGAUUCAAGAGUUAUUUAUUUAUUUUCUAUUUCGCUGACAUGAAAUCCAUUUUUCGACUCAAGGUGUGGGUGUUGGUGGCGCUGGUGGUGGUCAUGCUACACGUAAACCUAUCGGAAGAGACACGUCCCCGCCCCCCCAGACGACCACACUUCCCCCCCAGACGACCACACAGACCCCCGCCACGCCCCCACCGCCCCAGACCCCACCAUGGCCCGCCCCGCAAACAUCCUAGACCUAAUUAUGGCCCCCCACCCAAGGCCCCCUCCCCCAGCUAUGGCCCACCCCCUAAGGCCCCCUCCCCCAGCUAUGGCCCACCCCCCAAGGCCCCCUCCCCCAGCUAUGGCCCACCCCCUAAGGCCCCCUCCCCCAGCUAUGGCCCACCCCCUAAGGCCCCCUCCCCCAGCUAUGGCCCACCCCCUAAGGCCCCCUCCCCCAGCUAUGGCCCACCCCCUAAGGCCCCCUCCCCCAGCUAUGGCCCACCCCCUAAGGCCCCCUCCCCCAGCUAUGGCCCACCCCCUAAGACCCCCUCCCCCAGCUAUGGCCCACCCCCUAAGGCCCCCUCCCCCAGCAAUGGCCCACCCCCUAAGGCCCCCUCCCCCAGCUAUGGCCCACCUAAAGACAACAGUGUAAUCGAGGACUCAGGGUAUGGGGGGUCCUCCGGGGGGUCUAGUGGGGGUCAUGGUGGGUCUGGUGGUGGGUAUAGUGACCCCUCCCCCUCCUACUCCCCCCCAGACACAGGCUACGGUCCUCCCAAGGGCGAUGACACGUCCUAUGAGCCAGUGUUCCCGCCCUUCCCUUCCUUUGAGGAUAUUGCUGACUUCGGGGACUCCUUCUCUCCGCCCUCGUAUUCCCCUCCCUCGCCAUCCUACUCCCCUCCCUCUCCAUCCUACUCCCCUCCAUCUCCCCCUUCACCAUCUUACUCACCUCCAUCUCCCUCGUAUUCCCCUCCAUCUCCCUCCUACUCACCCCCUUCUCCAUCUGCUUCAUACUCAGCUCCGUCAUCUUCUCCCUCAUACUCAUCCCCAUCACCCUCGCCAUCGUAUUCGCCCCCCUCCCCCCUCUUACUCAGCCCCCUCUCCCUCCCCCUCAUAUUCAGCCCCCUCCCCCUCUUACUCAGCCCCCUCCCCCUCCCCCUCAUACUCAGCCCCCGAACAGAGCUACAGGCCUCCCUCCUCCGCCCCCCUGCCCCUCGACACCGCCGCUGCCCUGCCCCAAGAUGCCUACGGUACCCCUCCCGCCCCGUCACCAAGCUACAGUGCCCCGUCCCCUGCCCCGUCACAGAGUUAUGGUGCUCCGCCUGCCCCGUCACCAAGCUACAGUGCCCCAUCUCCCGCCCCGUCACAGAGUUACGGGGCUCCGCCCGCCCCGUCACCAAGCUAUGGUACUCCUGCACCGUCACCAAGCUACAGUUCACCAUCCCCCGCCCCUUCACAAAGUUAUGGAACUCCAUCUGCCCCGUCACCAAGCUACAGUGCCCCGUCUCCUGCCCCGUCACAAAGCUACGGUGCUCCUCCUGCUCCGUCACCAAGUUACAGUGCACCUUCACCUGCCCCGUCACAGAGCUACAGUGCCCCGUCCCCCGCCCCGUCACCAAGCUACAGUGCCCCGUCCCCCACACCGUCUGUAAGUUACAGUGCACCGUCCCCUUCCCCAUCACCAAGCUACAGCUCACCGUCUCCUGCCCCGUCACAGAGUUACGGGGCUCCCCCUGCCCCGUCACCAAGUUACAGUGCCCCUCCUGCCCCGUCACCAAGCUACAGCGCCCCGUCACCUGUCUCGUCACAGAGUUACAGCGCACCAUCCCCUGCUCCGUCACAAAGUUACGGUGCCCCUCCUGCCCCGUCACCAAGUUACAGCGCCCCGUCAGAAAGCUACAGCGCACCUCCUGCCCCGUCACAGAGCUAUAGUGCCCCUUCUCCUGCCCCGUCGCAAAGUUACAGUGCCCCUCCUGCCCCGUCACAGAGCUACAGUGCCCCGUCCCCUGCCCCGUCACAGAGCUACAGCGCUCCUCCUGCCCCGUCACAGAGCUACAGUGCCCCGUCCCC